AUGUCCUCUCGUCCAGCGGAUAACCUGCCGUCCACCGCACGGGCCAUUGCCCUUCUCCUCUCCUCCGCCCCGUCUGUCCAGGAUGCGCAGCCCGGUGUCCUCCACCAGCUUCUUGAGUUUGCGCAUCGGUAUACCACCCAGGUCCUGACAGACGCCAGUGUCUACGCGGACCAUGCAGGACAUGGAGGCAAGAUCGAGAUGGACGAUGUCACACUCGCUGUCCAAGCACGCGUCGGUUGGGAGUUUGGCGGCCGUGUACCUAAGGAGUACACUCUUUCACUCGCGUCCGAGGUGAAUGCAGCUCCUCUGCCUGCCGUGCCUGAAGUCUUUGGUGUCCGACUACCGCCUGCUUCGGAAUGUCUCACCAACGUCGACUUUGAUCUGAUACCAAACAAGCCACCCCCUGGCGUCAAGCUCUAUGACGAAGAGAUUGAAGAGAUUGAAGAAUCUGAGUCUGAAGAGGAGGAGGAAGAGGAUGUCGACAUGGAACCUGCUGCUGCUCCAUCUCCUGGGAAGCAACCCGUCGGAACUCCGUCAGCUGUAGAGCAGCCUGUCCGAGAAGAGGCACCAUUCCCAAUCUCUGCUAUUGCCACGCAAGCCGACAUAGAAAUGACCAAUGCUAGCAUGCGUCUGGAGGCUGAAGAAGGUAGCGAAGCCGCUGAAGAAGAAGACGGUCUGUUUGCCGGAGGCGACGAUGAAGAAGAGGAAAGCGACGCAAUGGAGGAGGUUCCCACAGCCAUGGCAGAACCAGCAAACGGAAUGAAACGUAAGUUGGUGGAAGAAGACGAUUACGACUGA